UAAACAACAUCCUGUUUGCAUGCCCGGCUGCUCCGGCAGCGCCGUAUGCAUGUGUCCCAUCCACAGUCCAUAUUCCUCUACUGGGGCAGCCGGAGCCAGAGGGGCGUGCACGUUGAGAGUCGGUCUUUUCACACCAGCAGGGACACUGUUCACCCACUAGGAGAGAUUCACCAUGGCCUCAGCACCCUUUAUGUUGUGUUUUAUUUAUUUUUCAUUACUGUUUACAAGUGUAUUUUGCGACGCUGAUGCAGAAGAAGAUGAACAUGCCAAGCACACGUACACGGUGGAGAUGUUCAACGAGGCGGUGCCCACUGCACCCCACUUUGUCAUGUUUUUCGCCCCAUGGUGCGGCCAUUGCCAGAGGUUACAGCCAACAUGGAAUGAACUGGGAGAUAAAUACAACAGCAUGGACGAUCCCCCAGUGUAUGUGGUAAAAGUAGACUGCGUCCCGGACACCAAGUUCUGCUCCAAUGUCCACGGGGUUAAGGGCUACCCCACGCUGAAGUUGUAUAAGCCAGACCAGGAGGCCAUUAAGUACCAGGGGCCCAGAGAUCUACAGUCUCUAGAGACCUGGAUGCUGAAGACCAUCCAGGAGGAGCCUUCGGAACCAGAGAGUGAACAGGAGCCUCCUAAAGCCCCAGAGCCCAAACAGGGCAUGUAUGACCUCACUGCUCUCAACUUUAAGUCCCACAUAGCCAAAGGUGCCCAUUUUGUUAAGUUCUUCGCCCCGUGGUGCGGUCACUGCAAAGCCAUCGCCCCCACCUGGGAGCAGCUGGCCAACUCCUUUCAGCACUCUGACGAUGUCAAGAUAGGAAAGGUGGACUGCACACAGCACUAUGAGGCAUGCUCUGACAACGGCGUACGGGGAUAUCCCACACUGCUCUUCUUCUACGACGGACAGAAGACGGAUCAGUACAAAGGAAAAAGAGACCUGGACUCCUUCAAAGACUUUGUAGACAACCAGCUGAAGGCUGGCGUCGCUCAGGAGCAAGAACAGGAACCAAGUGAGGAUCAAAAAGCAAACGAGAUCCCCGCUGAUGAGCCAGUCGAAGAGGAAGUAAAGUCCAGUGUGUUGGACCUCACAGAAAACAACUUUGAUGAGUCAGUGGCCAAGGGGCUCACCUUCAUCAAGUUCUACGCUCCAUGGUGUGGCCACUGUAAGAACCUCGUUCCAACAUGGGAGGAUCUUUCCAAGAAGGAGUUUUCCGGCCUCACUGACGUCAAGAUAGCCAAAGUGGACUGCACUGUUGAGCGCACACUCUGCAAUAAGUACUCUGUUCGAGGUUACCCCACCUUGAUCAUGUUCAGGGCGGGGGAGCAGGGUGACGAGCACCAUGGGGGGCGGGACCUGGAGAGCCUGCACAGCUUUGUGAUGAGGCAGACGAGAGACGAGCUGUAGACACGGUGAAGUCAGCACUCAACUCUCCACCCUCCUCGUCCACACUGCAUAUCUGGCCAGUAGGACCUCACUCUCUCUCCUACAGUAGCCAAACCUCUCUCUAUCUUUCUCUCCACUCGGGUUCUCUUCAGAAAGGACUCAGCCAAUGACGGACUGCAGUCUGUUCUCUCUCCUGUGUUCAAGGACGGAAUGAUUCAGUAGAGUGUUUGGGAUGUGAAUGUAUUUGUCAUUGCUGUCGCCCAACCUUAAUCUCCUAACAUGGAGGAUACUAUAGUAUUGGUUGGGUCUGCAAAUGAAGUAUGUCGGACAACCACUUUGCAAGCACUGCUCCGUCAAUCAGAACCAGAAUUUCUCGCACAGAUAAAAUGUCUUUUAUUAAAAUGGUGGCACUAAAGGACAGAUGUCUAAAAAAAAAAAUCAAUUGUUUCUGAUAAACUUCUAUAGCCAUUUGACUUUUUGUAAAUGCUACAUUUUAUACACGGGAUCUGAUGUUAAAUCAUAAGCCAUUCAUGUUACGGUACUGUCGGUUAAUAGUUUGUAAAGUUUGUGUCACCCAAAUGUGAAGUUGAGCGUUAAGUUGAGGGUCAUUUCUAUCCAUGCCAGUGAUGGCCUGUCGGACUUAACUCUCAGGGAAGCGGCCCGUAGUUUAGAAGAAGUUGUGAUGGAGGCAUCAUCGUUAUCACAGGUCUGAUAAUGGCACACGGAUUUGUAGACUAAACAUCUCAAUCGUGCUUCUUAACCAUUUUCUGACUCCUGUGGUCUCAAUCGGCCUUCCCUCUCUACUCCUCCUAGCAUUCAGGGUCUCAGGCCUGGACCAUGUUGCCCCACAUCUCCAUUAAACACAUCUUCAGAGUUACUACUGCUACUACUUCUCUUUAAAACGUUGAAAGGAUUUGGGAACCAGUCAGUGGAGCAGGAGAAGACGGUUGGGCUGGUGUUGAGGGUAGAACACGCAGUGUAAGUUUAGAAGAUUGCACGAGGAUUCAAGCUCCUCUGUGGCACUGAAGUCAUUCACAGCUCUUUGUGAUGCCUCCGCUCAUCCUUUCCAGGAAGUAACAGGUUUCAUCAGCUUUUACAACCUUACUGCUGUGGUUAUACUUUUGUAUUGAUGUUGGAACUGAAACAAACAUUCACUGCAGGUCAGGUGGGCGAGCAUCACAUCACCUUUCUGACUCUGAUUGUGAUCUAUUCUUAUCUUAGUGAUUGAACCAGCUGCGUCUUGGAUCUGUCAUUUUCUUUUCCUGCUCCCAAAUAAUCUUAGAUGUCAAUUUUCUGACUGGAAACCCAAGCUGUGAUGCCAGCAAUAGUUUAACUCUGCUACACAGAGGGGGGGGGUGAUAUGGUUUUAAGGUACAGAUACAUCAGCUUCUCACUAACCAGUAAAGUCAUCGGGUAAAAGAAGCACCCUUUAUCAAUAGCAACCAAAAUAUACUGCGACAUAACAUCAACCCAACUACAGUACAUGAAUCUGUUUGAAUAUUCAACAGAAGUGGAAAAUGUAAUUCAUCAUCAGACCUAGUUCUUAUAGCGUUUGCAGUUUCUUUUCUGUGACUUGUUGUGACUUCUCCCACCUGUUAGGACAUUACACUGCAAAUGCUGCUUGACCCAGGUUAUGUGAAACGUAUGUGAUGCACCAUGCAGAGUAUCUUUUUAUUGUCUAACCCAGGUACACAAACAGUCAAACACAGUGGGGGUUUUUUGUCAGUAAAAGUUUUUAUGGAUAGCACAUGGUCUAACAACUCCAGUGACAGAAGUAUUUUUCCUUGCGAGUCAUGGGUUGUGCACUAACCAUGGAUUUUGUACAAAAAGAGUGAAUAAUGGCAAGUUGUAACAUGAGAUUUCAUAAUAAAAAAAUUCAAAAAUAA